AUGUCCUCAACCCCUGCUGCUGAUAUCGUUGAGCCUUCAUCGGAGCCGGAGCGCGAUCUUCACCGGAGACUGCGGGAGCGGUUUCGCGUGGUAGCCGAGACGAUUGAGACAGACGCAGCGGACGACGACACCUUCUACGAGGUUCGGGUAGACAUGGCGGACGCGAAAGAGAAUAGGAUCUUGAAUGAAAUUGGAAAACCGUCACUCGAUGGUUUGCCUGCGAGCAUCAAUGCACCGAUAAUCGACAAUAAUAAUUUCGAGAUCAAGGCUGGCACCAUAUCGAUGUUGCAGAAUGCGGUGCAGUUUUUUGGCAAGGAUCACGAGGAUCCUAGUGUUCACAUCGUGGGGUUUCUAGAGGUUUGUGCCACAUUUAGGAUUCGUGAUGCAUCACCGGAUGCUAUCCGCCUUCGGCUCUUUCCGUUUUCUUUACGGGAUGGAGCCAAGGAGUGGCUUCUUUCACUUCCAGCUGGAUCUAUCACUACAUGGAAUCAAUUAGCUGAGAAGUUCCUUCAGAAAUAUUUCCCUCCAGAGAAAACUGUUCGGUUGAGAACCAAGAUUCUGAACUUUCGUCAGGACGAGGACGAGUCCCUUUACGAGGCAUGGGAGCGGUUUAAAGAGCUUAUGAGAAAGGUCCCACAUCACGGGUUGCCCAAGUGGCAACAGUGUCAGAUCUUCUACCAUGGUUUGGACAGUCAAGGACAGAUGAUGGUUGAUACAUACUCGGGUGGUGAUAUCGACACGAAAAAUGCCACCGAGGCAUUUGAGAUUCUUGAAAAGUGUGCCGCAAAAAACCGGACACAACAGCCCCCGAGGGGAAAAAGUUCUCGGCGGGGAGUUCAUCAUGUGGACGACUACACAGCCAUGACAGCACGUAUGGAUGCCUUAUCUUCGAAAUUUGAUCGAGUGAUGGAAAUGCACUCGAGAGGUUCUUCGAGUGGGGGAGCAUAUCAGGUAGGUGAUUUUCCGACGGGAGAGAUGUCACACGAGCAUGUUGAUUUCAUGGGAAACCAAUACCAUCCUCAAAACAAUCCCUACAGCAAUACUUAUAAUCCGGGGUGGAAGAAUCAUCCAAACUUCAGUUGGAAGCCCGAUGCUUCUAACCAGUAUCCACCCGGAUUUGCUCCACGUCCCACAGCUCCGACUCAUGGAGCAUAUGGUCCACCUCAACCUCAGCAGGCACCUUCCUCUAGCGAUCCUAGUGUGCAUGAUAUGCUUAGUCAAAUCUUAGCUGGUCAAAACACUCAAAAAGCGGAGAAUGAGGAGCGCUUUAGGGAGUGUGACAGCCGUUUCACGAGGCACGAGAGGGGCCUUCCGAGCAACACAGAGCAAAAUCCAAAUGCUACAGCAAAGGCCAUCACGUUGAGAAGCGACAAGACCGCUCAGCCCAUCCCUCCGGCUGUUUUAGAAAAUCCAGUCGAUGACGAGGAGGUUGAUGAGGAGAUUGAGGCUGAGUCUCCGGGUGAGGUGCAACAGAGGCGAGUCCCAGCAAGUACCGCACGACCCAAGGAGCCAGUGAGAGAGUAUGUCCCUCCCAUUCCAUAUCCGGGGAGGUUGAAGAAGCAGAAAAUGGAAGAACACUACGGUAAAUUCCUCGAGCUUUUUAAGCAACUUCAUAUAAAUUUACCAUUUGUUGAGGCACUUGCUCAAAUGCCUAAGUAUGCCAAGUUUCUGAAAGAUAUCCUAUCCAACAAAAAGAAACUUGAGGAGCUUUCGCAGGUGACCUUGAAUGAAGAGUGUUCAACGGUUCUUCAAAACAAACUACCGAAGAAGAUGAAUGAUCCUGGGAGUUUCACUAUCCCAUGUUUGAUUGGUAGUUUGUCGGUCAGCAAUGCAUUGGCUGAUCUUGGAGCUAGCAUAAACCUCAUGCCAUAUGCGGUUUUUGCUAAGCUAGACUUGGGAGAGCCCAAGCCGACUCGUAUGAGCAUUCAGCUAGCCGACCGUUCAGUGAAGUACCCUCGAGGCAUAGUUGAGAAUAUGCUGGUGAAAAUCAACAAGUUUGUCUUUCUUGUCGAUUUCGUGAUUUUGGACAUGGAUGAGGAUAAAAAUGUUCCACUUAUCUUAGGUCGCCCAUUCCUAGCCACUGCGAGAGCCUUGAUUGAUGUCUGCACCGGUAGACUUACUCUUAGGGUUGAUGAUGAGGAGGUUACCUUUGAUAUAGGGAAAUCCAUUGAUCAUCUUCAUGCUACAUUCGAGGAGGAUGUUAUGGACACACAGUUGCUAGGAGGGGAGAUUUUUGGUUCGCCUAGUGCGGACCGAAUGAUUGAGGAGGUGACCUGUCUGAUAGGUCACGCAUCUCCCCCGUGUCCCGAGGUUUUUGAGGUUGUGGAUCGCGUUACUGAGCCUAAAGCGCGCCCUUCUAUUGAGGAUCCACCUUCGGUUGAGCUUAAGGAGCUCCCAGAUCAUUUGGAGUAUGCUUUCUUGGAGGGUGAGACUCAUCUGCCCGUUAUCAUUUCUGCUGGAUUGUCGAAAGAAGAAAAGGAUCGAUUGCUUGAAGUCCUGAAGUAG